UUCGUACUAACCUCUCUCUCUCCCCCCCCCCCCCCCCCCCCCCCUUUCUCCCUUUUCUUGGAUACUUGCCCUUUUCAAGCAACAGCCUUACCUGGCAUUAAAUUUACCCUUCACCUGGAUUUAUCAACUUCAAUCACUCUUCUGCGAAAUUCGGCAAAUAUUCGCCUCCCCUCCCUCCCGCCCAGAUGCUUCUUUCUUCCAUUCUUCUCCCCCUACGUACAAUCAUGCCACUGCUCUACUUCAUUUGAUCCUCUUCAAAGGGUCGAUUGAAAAAAGUGGAACCUGCAGAAAGGAAACAGAGAGAAACAGGGUACUCUGUUUUUUUUUUUUUUAUGGCGAUGGAACAAGGGAUGGAGCAACACACUUCCAACGCCGUCGCCUCCAACUGCCUCACCGUUGCCGACAAACGGCCUCACCGCCCCGGCGGAUGUGUCGGCAUUUUCUUCCAGCUCUUCGAUUGGAACCGUCGGUUCGCCAAGAAGAAGCUCUUCUCCACCAAACUUCUCCCUCCAGCUCGAAUGAAGCAAGCUUCCAAGAAGUUUGCAGGGGAUGAAACGAUGCCAAAGGCCAAGCCCCAUCUGAUUGUAGAUGAGAACAGCGGCGGUUUCCAAGCAAAUGCCAAGAAAAUUAGCAGCAACCGGAGCCUCACGGAGUUUAAGAAGCAAGAAAUGCGGUCUCCUAGUUUGGUUGCUAGGCUCAUGGGUCUGGACUCCAUGCCUGCUGUGCAGCGAGAUAAGCACAAGAAAGCUUCAAACACCGAUACUUACUCUGGUGUUAGGCAACAUCAAAGUUCUAAAGAUGGGUCUGAUCAUUUAGCUGAUUUGAGCUCGGAUAAGGUAAGCACAAAGCUUGAAUCUAGGCCUCCAAAGCUUCAAAAGACUGGACAGUGCGACCAAAGAGCAGUAGUAACUCCUAGGCUCGGAGCGGAAGCUUUGCAUAUAAGGAGUGUUCUGUCGAGGUCUAGGAAACAUGGUAACCCUCCCGCCAAACUUGCUACCCCGGUUAAAAGCCCCAAGCUUUCGUCGUCCGGACGCCAUGCAUCCAGGACAUCUAGGUUGAUUGAUGCAGCUACAAGAAUCUUGGAGCCUGGGAUACAAGCUACCAAUAGAGCCAAGUCCACCAUUGCUUACUCGAAUUCGAAACGUUAUGCUCCCAACGACGAGGCUUUAGGAGGGAUUUUUGGACAGUCGGUGAAAGAAGUGCAGAAGAGUAGUAGUGUCACUUCUUGCAAGAAUUGUGGCAAUGUGGUUGAUGUGGUGGUGCAAUCCAGGAUGGAGGAAGAGCCGUUUCAUUAUCGCGCAACAUCGCUCGCGUCUCAUUUCGCUACCCCUUAUACCGAUCAGGGGAGAGAUGUAGCCUGCAAGAGGAAACAAGGGCAGCAAAUAAGUAGUGAUGUGGAAAUGCAUGACAAAGGGAGAGCAUGUAGUAGUGAAGUGGUUGCGUUUAGAAAAGACAUGCUACACGAGUUUGGAGCUAAGGGGCAAUCAAAGGGAUUCCAACAUGGCUACAGCCAUCGAACGGACGAUGAGACAUCUGCUGCUGUGGGUUUCAAGCAGAGAAGCCAAGGCCAGAACAGAAUGCCAGUGGUAGGGAGCGAUAGAUUAACGCAGGCUUCCAAGUUGAGUUCCUUUAGUGGGACUAAAGAUUUUGUUGCUAUGAACAGAAGUUUAAGUGGCCGGUCCAGGGUCCGGGUGUUGAAUAGGAUGGAUAACCCCACCUUCAACAUGGAGAGGAGAUUCUGUAACAGAAGAGAUGAUGUCUUGCCACAGUUAAGGAGCCCAGGGGUUAAAAGGAAGACAGUGAGUGCUAGAGCACAACUUCAAAGUAAUGGGCAUGGUACUUCAAUUCCGCCUGUAAGACAAAGGAGCAUCAAUUUUGACGCUGUCAAUGAGAAGAAAAUCGGUUUAAACCCUUUUCGUGCGAGAACCAGAUUUGACAGUCAAAGUGAAAGCAGCAUACCCAAUAAGGGCAACAUUGAUCUUGCUUCUUUUACAUUUAGUAGCCAAUCAAGGGUAAGAACUGGUUAUGACAGCAGGAACCCGAUGGGGAAAAACAGUUCAAACCGAAGGAACAUGGUGGGUGAAAGUGAAGGGAAAGGAUGUGUGCAAAAGCGAGUAUCGCCGAGAAGAGAUGCAUUAGGCUCCCUUCUGCAACAAAAGCUGAAAGAACUGAUCUCACAAGAAGAGGAUGAGUUGAAAGGUGGCAAUGCACUUCCAAUAAGAUCCACUGCUAUGAUUCUCCAGGAGUUGAUAUCUGCUUUGAGCAUCGAAACUGUGAUUCCCACUUCUCCACCAAGUAGUUUUUCCAUUGCCAAUGCACCUUUCCAGAAUGGAAAACAUUAUCUGAGUCCUGGAUCUGUUCUUGAUGCUAGCUUCUCAAAUGAGAGCUGCUUCUCCAGCAGUCUAGAUGACAACUCAGCUUCCUCGAUGCUUACUUGGGAUUCUACUACAACCUCUACCACCGAAGGCAGGAGAUUUUCGAAGCUGGUGACAGAUCUCCAUGACCACAUCUCUAGAAUGUUGCAGAGCAUAACUCUAGCUGGUGGGUGCCAGUUAACUAGCAGGGACCUUGGCCAUGCAAAGGAGACUAUCUUGACUGCUGAGCUCUUGUUCGGAGCAGCAAAUCACCAUGGUCCUGACAGAACGAGGAGUUCAGUUUUGGGAUCUUUCCUUCUCGACGAGCUCAGUGCUGUUGCAGUUUCCAUGGGUAGCAAAGAGGCCAGUAAUCAACUCAGGAGGCUACUGUUCGACUGUGUGAUAGAAUGGUUAGAUUCGAGACGCAGCAGGUAUUGUGAUACAGGGUUCAGAACAUGGAGGCAGCAGCAGCUGCUGGUGCCAUGGUGCAAGGAGACAGUGAUGGAAGAGGUUGGAGAGGAGGUGAAGAGGUGGACGAACAUGGCCGGGUUGAUACCAGACGAGAUGGUGGAGUUGGAGAUGGGACCAUCAUUAGCGAAAUGGACCGAAUUCGAGGUUGAAUCUUAUGAAAUUGGUGGCGACAUUGGCUGUGAGAUAGUCGACGUUUUAUUGGAAGAAACCAUGAGAGACAUGUGGGAACUCUAGCAAAAAAGGGAGGCAGUCCAUUUGGAAGUUUGCUGCCAUGGCAAUAGUAAACCUUAACCCAGUUCAUGAUGAUAUGCGUAAAGAAAUGGCGGUUUGGGUAGUUAGAUGGUUUGUAGCUGUAUCAUCUUCUUCUGUUAUGUGUUGAGAAAAUGGCAAAAAGCGCUUGGACUUGGUUCGCAUCUGAGUCUUCCAUCCUCCACAGUUUUUGGGAACUUUAUUGGUGAGGUUAGCAGCCAUGAACUUGUCGAGUAAGAAUUAGUCGAAUAUAACUCAUUGUGAACCUUUUAUAAUAAUAAUCGGCUUAAGAUUUUGUAUCAUGACAAUUUGGAUUCUAUAAAGACGGACAUUGAAUCAUGAAAGGUGUUUAUAUUACAGGGAUGAAAUUGCCUAAAGCAAUGAAACAGAAUCGUCAGGGAAAGAGCCAAAUGAACCAAAGAACACCAACCAUAACCACAGGCCACACAAGCCAUGGCAGAAGGGCAAAAAGAAGAACUAGAACUCGCAACGGCAGUAAGAAUCGUAAUUCGAGAAGGAAAAGAAGAAACCCACAAAUCUUUAGUAGUGGUGUCGGUAUCCAAGUACAGUAUUUCCAUUUCCUCUCCCACCAUUUCCCCUGCUACUACUGGUCAACCCUCCCACUCUGUUUUCCCCAUUCAUGAUCGAAUUCGACGCCGCCGCCGACAAUCCCUUCAAUUCCUCCACGCUCGCAUAGCUCUUCCUCGCCAUCAACCCACUGCCACCGCCGUUCCCAACCCCUCUCCUCUUCUCCCCCGACCCAACAGACUUGCUCCCUCUCGAAGACAACACACCCUGCACCUUCGACCCGCUCUUGCACGGCGACGGAGUCAGGUUCCCCGCCAUGGCCGGUGAAGGCGGAGGCUUCCUGUUCUCCUUCCUCAGCGCCGCCGAGAAAUCCGGCACCGACUGAGCCACCAUCGACGCGCCGUACCCGGAAGCCCUUCUCGAAACAGGGGAGGGGAAAGGGUGGAGUUGGUGUUUGAAUUUGACCUGUUUCUUCAGCGGCGGACUAGUCUGCUGCCUCCAGGACUCCGUCUCCGACUCGGGUAAGCGGGAAAAUGCAGUUCCCAUCGCCGCCGUGGUGGUCUUGGUACGGAGCUUGGAUUCCCUGAGCUGGGCAUAGGCAGUGUAGCGAGGCCCCCGCUCCAUGGCGUAGGUCUCGGCCGUGAGCUUGAGAGAGAUGGGUUCGCAGGAAUUUUGGGAGAGAAUGAGGGAGAUUGGAUCGAGGAUGUUGAAGACGGCGGUGGACUGGAAGGUUGGGUUCUGGUGUUGCAGAGCGCCGCUGAUCGAUGCCAUGAUUCUCCUUCCUCCGAUUUUCGUUUCCUUUGCUUUCACCUCUAUGGGUGUUUUUGAUGGAAUGGAGGGAGGAUCUGAUAAAUGACGGAUUGAACGAUCGAUUAGCGGAGGCUACUCUGUCUCUUUGCUCUGGUUUUGGGGUUUGGGGGAUUUUGUAAGUUCGGCGGCAGAGUUGUGUCACGCAGGCAGGGGAUUCUUUCCUUUCAUUAUUUUGAUUUCUUUUUUGGUGUGGCCUUUCCCUCCAACGGUCCAAUUAAAGCAAAC